AUGUUGUCAAGAAGUGGAAGUGCAGUGAGACUGCGCGCAGGCGCUCAAAGCUGUUUACUGCAAGCACAGACCCGCUUCUACGGAGCCAACGCAACACACUCACCAAGAGUCAUCUUCUCGGGUAUCCAGCCUACUGGAGUACCGCACCUCGGCAACUAUCUAGGUGCUAUGCAACAAUGGGUCAAGCUCCAGAAUGAAGCCUCUUCCAACACAUCCUUGAUCUACUCUGUAGUAGACCUGCAUGCUAUCACAGUACAUCAGAACCCUGAAGCUUUGAGGACAUCCAAGCGAGAAAUGCUGGCCGCUCUUCUUGCUGUCGGAUUAGACCCCCAAAAGUGUACCAUCUUCUUUCAGAGCGAUGUACCCGCUCAUUCUGAACUCAUGUGGAUCUUGAGCUGUUCGGCAUCCAUGGGUUAUCUUUCGAGGAUGACACAGUGGAAGAGUAAACUCGACUUGGACGACAACGCCAACCCCUUGGACCCGUCUACGAAGACGAAACUGAAACUCGGCCUCUUCUCAUACCCAGUGCUGCAAGCAGCAGACAUUCUGAUUCAUAGAGCCACACACGUACCUGUUGGCCAUGAUCAGUCUCAGCAUCUCGAGUUUGCGCGAGAGUGUGCCGCUGGCUUCAACCACCUGGCCGGCAGCAGAAUCCUCGUACAGCCAGAGACACUACUAUCCCCUGCAAAACGAGUAAUGGCCCUCGACCGACCGACACACAAAAUGUCAAAAUCUGCACCAAAUCCCAAAUCACGUAUCCUGAUAACAGAUUCCUCGUCUGCAAUCACGAAAAAGCUUCGUGUAGCGCUAACAGACAGCAUCGAGGGAGUGACGUAUGACCCCUCGACUCGUCCUGGUGUGUCCAACCUCAUCGAAAUUGCUUUCAACCUCGACAGCUCGAACCACGGUGCAGCUGAUCCUGCAGAGUAUGCCAAGGGCUUCGAGGGAUCGAGUCUCAAGGCAUUGAAGGAGAGAGUUGCGGAGGUUGUGGACGGACAUCUGGCGCCCAUUCGUGCGAGGUUCGAGGAGAUUGUCGGUGGUGAUGGGAAGAUGAUUGAAGAAGCAGCACAGAUUGGUGCCGAGAAGGCGAGACGAUCGGCCGAAUCGACAAUGCAGGCUGUCAAACACGCAGUCGGCUUUUGA